AUGUCGGACGAAGUAUCCCAGUUCCUCGAGCAGGUCGAGCAGCUGCGCGGCAAGCAAAUUGAGGACGACCAGCAAAGAGCCCGCGAGCGCGAGGAGUUUAUGGCGGCCAAGCGGGAGCGUCAGGCCAGGCGAGAAGAACGCGCACGAUCCAUCUCCCCGCAAAAGUCUUCGCCCGCCAACACUCCGUCUCCUCGCGCCAAUGCCCGCGCCAUUAACUUUUCCGAUUCGCUGAAGCUCGACUCAUCCUUGAUGUCCGACGACUCUCGCGAAACUUCACUAGAGCCGGCACGCGGCAUGGGGUACUCGAACUCGCCUACCAAGGAGAACGAGGCUCCGAUCGACAUUGAGUCCAAGCAAGAUGCCGCGGCAGUUGCUUCUGCCGGUGUUCCCACCAGAACUUCGACGCUGUCCUGGCAGCAGCGCCGGCCCAACUCGCGCGGCGGCACCGCUUCGCGACCACUCAGCAUGGUGGCCGCGCAGAAUGCCACACAGCGCGGCGUUGCCCGCAUGCAAGAUCCGCAGCCCCCUGUUGCGACACCCGAACACCAGACUCUUACGAGAGAAGAUAUCGCCAAGACAUUGGGUCUCAAGGAUCCCUCAUGGUUUCGUCAGACGACUGAUCGUGGCCAAAACUCUGCUGCUCUUAGAAAGAACCAGGUUGAAGAUAGCGAUACUAUGGAUAUGUCGUCUAUCAAGACGCAGUUGCCCGGCAUCUCUAGCGCGCAGAGGGAAUCCGUGGCAAGCUCAACAACUAGCAACCUCGCCUCCCCAGUGACACUUAACCCUCCCGCCUUUGUUGGUAUGGCGGAUAGGCAAGGUGACGUUGACUUGUCCAGCGGACGAAGCUCGCCUACACGGUCCGCCUCCCCCACCAAGGGUCUGGGCGGAUUUGUACAGAGUGCCAUGCUUAAAAGGAGUGACAGCAUCAAGCGAUGGAGUGUUACUAGUCCUCCUGGCUUGAGCCGCGCCGACUCGGUCUCGGGGAGCAUUGGUGGUCACAGCAAUGAAGCAUCAAGAGGAAGCCCACGGCCACGGAGCAAAAUUAGAGACUCAGCUACGCCAAAUCCCAGUCGACCUACUUCACGGGGCGGGAUCAAAGAAGAGAGCGCAUCGCCGGAUCAUUCUAGCCAGGGAGCCCUGAGCCGUGAACCGAGCGAUUUGAAGAUCCCUAUCAGCCCUUCCAAGACUAUGGACUCGAGGCGAUGGAGUCCGACUAAGUCAAGCUGGCUGGAAAGCGCCCUGAAUCGACCCGAAUCUCCUCGGCCCCAGCACAAGUCGAAUCAGUCUCAGCCGGAGUGGUUGUCGGACCUUGCCCGAAGCAAAGCAGCGAGUCCCAGCGGUGAAGGCAGCCGCCCAAGCUCCCCUCACAAACAUCAAGUCAGCAUCGGUGGGCUCAUGAGGACAACACCAUUCGACGGAGGCGCAAAAACUAAUACGACCGGCUUGGGAGGAAUUUACUCGCCGCCUCCCGGUGGUAACCGACCACAAUUUGGGCAUGGCUCCAAGCAGAGUGUUUCCGUUACAUCAACAGAGCGACCGCCUUCGAACCUAGAGGCUGAACCUCCGCAAACACCCACGCCGCAGGAAGUCAUGCCAGAAACCGAUGCCGACACCAAUGCGAAGUUGAAUUCAGAGGCGCAUCCAGAACCUGAGCCGGAGUCCGUGAGAAGGGCAUCCGUAGCUUCGCCUCCAGUCAUCAAACCGAAGCCCGCUACACCACCCAAGAAGGAUUUUCGCUCAAGCUUGAAGCCCCGCACUGUCGAUACUGACGCGAAAUCAUCCACAGAGCCCGAAUUCAGAAACGCCCUGGGCAAUUUGCGUCGCACCAAGACGCAAAACUAUGUCGCACCUGAUGAGUUCAAGGGAAACAUCCUCCGCGGAAAGGCUUCUCUUGCUAUUACUGGGGGCCCGCAAAAGACGGAACGCAAGGACGAAUUCAAGGACUCAAUUCUUAAGAAGCGAGAAGACUUCAAGAAAGCCCAAAUCGCCGGAAAAGGUGUCACGCGAACCUCUGCUGCUUCAGUACCUGCGGAUUUACCAGAAGGUUUGGCCAGGAGAGCUGAGCUCGGCAAGGGCUCCGUCCGAGGCAAUAUCCCCGUUAUGGGCACAUCUGCCGCGGCCGUCAACAAGUCAGAGUCAAUCAAGCCAGUACCUGGGCCGAAGCGGGUUCCCAGUGGCGCUGCCUCUGCUGCUGCAAAAAAUGCAGGUUCCGAAAGGCCUCGUCGCGUUUCUACGGAACCCCAACAAAAAGUCAGCGGCAACGAAGCCCGUCGCGUGCCGAGCAUGAAGAAGGAGACCACAGCACCAGCGAGCCUGCAACCAGGGCGUGUUGGGACUAGCAAGUUGGCAGAUCGUUUUAACCCUAGUCUUGUCAACAUGCUUGCGCGCGGCCCGCCUCCAAUGGCAUCCAACGGAGGGCAACGCUUCGAAGAAGGCAAGGAGGCAAGCACCAGUGCGGUGGUUGAACCGUCUGCUCCUGGUCCACAGUUAACACACAUGACCAAGGGCAGAGCCCGUGGUCCAAGAAGAAAGGCCCCGACAUCAGGCGCUGGUGGUGGUGCAAAGGCUAGUUCUACAUCGUCUACGCCUAUAUCAGCUGCACUAGAGAAGCCCAUGGAGCCUGAAGCAAUGAAUGAAGAAGCUGAAAUUGCCCCUCCUGAACCUGAGAGGAAGUCUAUGUCUGUACAGGAGCAAGUUGCAGCCACGGCAGCUGCACGCAGCAAACCCUCGCCGCUGCGUUCUCGCGAACAAGCCGUAACUGAAAGAAACACUGACGCCAGCCCUUCGCCCAAGACACCUUUGCAGAAAUCAUCCUUCAACCAAGCCGCCGGCGAGGUCACCGAUGUAGUUACUUCGCCUUCGGUGAACACUACAGCCGGAAAGAGCAGCAUUGCGGAGAAGAGACAGUCGAGACCGCUGAGCGCUAACCGUCUCUCCAAGUUUGUGGACAGUGCUGAACAAGAUUUUGAUAAGCCAAGCUUUUCACCAAAACCUGUCGCGUCACCCAAGUUCACGCCUUCCUCCAAGCCUGUCUCUUCGCCCAAGGCUGAAGCCUUCUCGAAAGUAGCGCCCUCGCCCCGAUCUAUAUCCUCGCCCAAGCCCGCUGCCUUGUCAUCAUCCUCGACGACUAUUCCACUCUCUGCUUCCACUUCGCCCGAAAAACCUACCAGUCCUGUGGAGAAGCAGAGGGAGAGACAUUUUGCAUCUCCCACUCAUGCCAUGCCCUCUAGAACGUUUGGCACCAUUGGCCCCGGCUCACCCAGGCCGACACUACAUGGCCCUCGUCCUCAAGCUGAGCCAUCACGCCCAAAGUCGCGACACGGCCGCCCUCCGUCUAGCGCAGGCCUGUCAUCUGCAGCUAUCUCUGCAUCAGGAUCACCCAUGCCUUCACCAACCAAACAACCAGGCGAAAUCACGACGUUGUUCAAGGAUUUCUUUGGACCACCACGCCCUAGGAAGGACUUCAAGAUUGACACGGCUGAGGUACUGAUGAGCCAUCCCGCGUCAGGAGCUAAGAUUCAAACUCAGGAGGUUCAAAUGUACCGGCUCUCGGGAGAUGGCAAGAAGACGCCUGUAUCGGCACAGAAUGAGCGUGUGUUAUUUGAUGGCGAGAUGUACAUCUGUGCUCACAGCUUCAAGAAUGCAGCUGGCGCGGGCACCGUUGCAUUGUACUUUUGGAUUGGCGAUGAAGUUGCCGAGGCUACGGCACAAGAUGCGCAGGUCUUUGCCCAGAGAGAAGCAAAGGCUAUUGGCGGCAGACUUUUGAAACUGUACCAAGGCAAAGAGACGGCCGAAUUCAUGCAAGCCCUGGGCGGUGUCAUCAUCGUUCGCCGCGGCUCUAGCGACCGUUUCGACAGUCUAGCUCCGCACAUGCUAUGCGGCCGUAGAUAUCUUGGCCAAGUUGCUUUUGACGAAGUGGAUAUGAGCACCUCUAGCCUCUGUGCCGGGUUCCCUUUCAUUAUUUCGCACAAUGGAAAGUGCUGCCUGUGGAAAGGCAAAGGCAGUGAUGUAGACGAGCUGAGUGCUGCCCGACUGGUCGGUAUGGAGAACACCAUUUCCGGGGAGCUGAUGGAACUCGAAGAAGGCAGCGAGCCGGAAUCUUUCUGGCAAUUGUUCGAAGAAGGCCAAGCCAAGUCUCACUCUGCCGACCACUGGCGCCUCAAGCCCAAUUACAGCAAGUACGGUAGCAGACUAUUUUGCUCUGACGCCGAUGCUCGCCGCCAGAUUACGGAGAUUGCGCCCUUCAACCAGACGGACCUUUCACCGCUAAAGAUAUAUGUGCUUGAUGCCUUUUUCGAAAUGUACAUUGUUGUAGGCUCCGGCGCGCAAUCGCAGUACUCUUCUUUCCGCAAUGCGCUCGAUUUUGCGCAAGAGUACGCAAUUCUGUCUGCGAGCAUGGAGGACCGUCCAUUUGUGCCAGUGUCUACCAUUGUGCUGGAGGGUAUCCCGCGAGAUCUCAAGCGCGUUUUCCGCAAAUGGGAAGAUGCGCGCAGCCCUACGGUCACGAAUACAUACUCUGGACUGAGGCGUGGGCGCAGCUUGAGGGUUGUGCCGCUGUCACAGGCUUUGCAGGCUUUAAGCGAGUGA